AAAUGCGAUUCCACCUGUUAGUCUGUGUACUUCUUGUUCCUGUAUUCAGCUUUGAUUGUACUCAACCAAAGGAUAGUGGUAAUGUAUGUAGUGGAAGCCAAGCAGAAAGAUCUUUUUAUUUUGAUACCAGAAUGAAAGUAUGUCAACCAUUCCUGUAUUCUGGUUGUGGUGGAAAUGAAAAUAGGUUUUCAACAUCGAAAGAAUGUAGAGAUGCCUGUCAAAAUAAGAAAUCAUCUUCAACAACCGAAUCUCCAGAUACUAUAUCUGAUGAUUCCGCUGAUCAAUCCGGCUCACCAAACUCUCCACCAUUUGUACCACAAGGAGAUGGGCACGAUCAAUGGAGAAAAGCAGAUAUUUGUGGUUCAAACUAUUUGAUUCCAAAUGGAAAAUAUAUCACUUGCUCUCCAAAUCAAGCUUGCCCAAAAUUCCAUUCAUGUGUUAACGGAGCAUGUUGCCCUUCAAAAGACUACGUUUGCUCUUUAAGAGAUGAUAAUGGAAGUUUUAUGGACGGAGUUGAAGAUCGUCCAAGAUUCUCAUGGAAUAAUGAUGUUCAUAGUUGUACUAGAUGGAGUUAUUAUGGAGCAAAUGGAAAUUAUAAUAAUUUCCCAAAUUUUCAGUCUUGUAUGAAAUUUUGUCAAGAUUCUAAGAAAAUUGAUUUGUAAUCAGAUUUUUAUGUCGAUGUUUAUAGCUUUCCGAAUUAUCAAUGCUUAGCUUGACUUGUCACCAUUAUCAGUUAUCAAUUCAAUUGUAUCAGUUCUAUAUGAAAAUCUCAUCAUUCGAGAAACGAAAACCUGAUAAUAUUAUCAUGUUGAGAUGUAUUUUAUCUUUUGUAUCCGUUCAUCUUCUGUUAGCUUUAAAACUGUAUUGUCGAAUGAAUGAAAAAUCGGGUGAUUGAUUUGAUCUGU